AUGCCAUCUUCUACAACAAGACAGUCCAUAUUAUGUGAUUGGAGUGACCAAGAGUGCAUAAAGAUAUUGAAGCAAUGCAGACAGAAGAUUCCAAGCAAGGAAAAUGGAGGAAAAAUAAUCAUCAUAGAUAUGGUGGUAAAGGAUAGCCUAGAGGACCAAAAAUCACUCGAGACUAAACUUUUCUUGGAUAUGACUCAACUUUUCAUGGAUAUGGUUAUGAUGACUUUUACAACCGGAAGAGAGAGGAAUAAAAAGGAGUGUGCACAACUCUUCCUUUAUGCUGGUUUUAACGAUUAUAAACCACACCUUGUGUUAGGGUCAAGAUCUCUCAUUGAAGUUUAUCCCUAA